GGGCCAAACAUUAAGGCUGUAGCUAGUGCAUCUUUUUCUUUGACGGCAUCCUUGAAAGAAUAAAGGUAUGGAGGAGUAUCCCAGUGGGAUACAUUGGCAUUAUAAAUACUUUUCAAGGAUUCAGUUUCAGCUGGAACAAGAUGAAUCAAGGAGAGCGUUAAAAAGAUUGGACGUAAUGCGUGUGUCGGCGAUUGAGUUAGUAGCCUUAAUCAUGGAGCGAAUGGUAGUCUCGGAACCAACUGACAUUAUGUGAGUCCUUAUACUGCUGGCAUAUGUAAUAUGACAGAAAAAAGUGCACUCAUAGAUACUCAAAAAAGGGGCUAACUUCCUACUUAAUAUAGAUUUUAGCCAAUUUGUUCUUGAGUGUUGUAAGUGCACUUUUUCCUUAAAUAGCUCAAAGCAUCCUCAACAACAUUAUCCCUAGCAGCUCUUUUUCUUCUACUUGAAAAAACAGCCAGGGAUGUAGCUGGUCUGAGGGAUGCGAACGUGGUAGCUCUAAUGACGCGGGAAAGGUUCGGGAAUUGCGUGCAGUUUUUAGUGCGAGCGGAAUCGAGGUCACGUAUUUUAUGAUCGUCUCCCAAAAUUACACAAAAUUUGAAUUUGAUCUUGGAUGGGUUCGGCUUUGACGCCAGUUUUCUUGUCUUGAGGUUCUUGGUUUUUUAUAAGGUUGAGGUUUAGGUCCAGCGGCGCUCAAAGCACUAAAUAAAACAGCCGGUUAGUUUUACCUCUAGAGACUUAGCCCUUCCAACAACAUAUUAUACCUUACGUCGAGUAUUACUUUUACUACACCAGAUCAUAAAGUAGACUCCUCAUCUUCUCUAUCAUGAAGAUGUCCAGUCAUUACCUUCUAAUGCAACCUUCCUAGUAGUGAAUAAGAUGUACAACCUAGAAGUAAUAAGGACCAAGGCUGCUCCGAGAUGAUUUUUUCGAGUUGAUGAGGACUCAAUUAGAAUUAUUUAGUCUUAGAUACGGCGUCACAAGUACAUAAGUGACGUGUUCUGGACAACUGUGUCCGAGUCCUAGAAGUAAGCUGAGUGGUGGAGGUCUCUCAUUUAAAAAUGUCUCAUCUAAAUAAAGUGGCGACGAAGAAGGCAAGCCCACACGAGAC